AACGGGAACCCGAAAACGAAACAAGACAACAAAAGGCUGUUGUCAUGCUUUCUCUGUAAAAGUGUUUGUGACCUUUUUACGUUCUCAAAUAGGGAAUAGUCAAAUUUAAAAAAUAAAAAUGUCAUAUUGUAUGGAAGAUGGGAAAGACCAGGUAAUUUUUGCCACCAAAGAAGACCUAGAUGAACCAAGUAAUGCAAUUAUCAACUUGGAAGAAGAUGAAGCAGAUCAUCAACCAGGUCUAAUUCUCCCAAAUGGUGACAUCAACUGGGAGUGUCCUUGCCUAGGUGGCAUGGCUAGUGGUCCAUGUGGUGUAGAGUUUCGUGAAGCGUUCUCCUGUUUCCACUACAGUAAAGCCGAGCCCAAGGGUUCUGAUUGUUACGACGCAUUCCUAACCAUGCAGGACUGCAUGAGCCAGUAUCCCCAGCUGUAUCCUCCAGCCAAAGCUUCCAUUGAGCCAGACGAACUCAGGCAGUUGUCUGGAGCACAAGAGGACCUGGGCCUGUCACAGAUUAAAGGCAUUGAGGAAUCAUCAGAAAUGAGCACAGAUGCAGGUAGUAGUAACCCAGAGUCGUGAUAGUUGUCAAUCUAGUUCUAACUGUAGUUAAAUUAUAUGAAACCAGGAAGAAAAUUGGCUUGUUUUGGUGUUUCAAAACUCAAUUCUCAUUUAAGGAUGUUUUAUUGCAAUCAUUUUGGCGCGUACACUCCCAGUAGCUAUGUUUGCAAUCACUACAAAAUUUUACUGGU